UAAAAUAAGUUUCACAGGGUUGUGAGGGUUCGGUUGGUAUAUUUUAAUUUAUCUCAAGAAUUAUUUUUAAUUUCUUCUCUCUCAAUACUAGAAUCCAGUCUCUUCUAACCCUACUAGUAUCCAUUCACUGAGAAAAAAAAGCUUUGUUUCUUCUUCUUCUUCUUCUACCAAAGUAAAGGCGGUUUCUCUCAGAAAUACAAGAACGGUUUUAAGAUACAGUCAUGGUGAGGAAGAGGAGAACUGAUCCAACUGGUGCUGAGAGUUCAGAUCCACCACAGCGUCAAACUGAAAGUGCCCCUUCAGCUGCACCUCAGGGAGGCCGUGGAGUGCAAGGUCCACCUGCACCUCAGGGAGGCCGUGGUGCGUAUCCAGGUCCACCUGCUCAACAGGGUGGUCGUGGAGGGUAUCAAGGUCCACCUGCUCAACAGGGUGGCCUUGGUGGGUACCAAGGUCCACCUGCUCAACAGGGAGCUGGUGGGAGAGGCUGGACUCCUCAACAAUCUCAGCAAGGAGGCCGUGGAGGAUAUCCUCAGGGACCUGGUGGACAACCUCAGCGUGGGAUGGCUCCUCAGCAACAGGGUGGGCCAGUGCAGGGAUACCAAGGCCGAGGGCAGCAGCAGCAGCCGCGAGGGCCUCAACCUCAGCAAAACCCUGGUGAUGGUGGUCGUGUUGGCCCUUCGUCUAGUGGUCCUUCUAUGGAACCACGUCCCGACCUGCAUCAAGCUACCCAGGUCCCAGUUCAAAAAGCACCUACAAGUGUUGGAUCAACAAUUCCAGCUGGAUCUUUGUCUCAGCCCGAGGACCACAGUUUGGCUGAAGUAACCCAGCAAGCUCAAGAGUUAUCUUUAGCACCCAGUCAGCCUGUUGCCCCUGCGUCCAGUAAAUCCAUGCGAUUUCCUCUUCGACCUGGCAAGGGUACUACUGGAAUCAAAUGUGUGGUCAAAGCAAACCAUUUUUUUGCCGAGUUACCCGACAAGGAUUUACACCAAUAUGAUGUUUCCAUCACUCCUGAAGGUACAUCAAGGGGUGUCAACAGGGCUGUUAUGGAGCAGCUAGUGAAAUUAUAUAGAGAGUCGCAUCUUGGAAGACGCCUUCCUGCUUACGAUGGAAGGAAGAGUCUUUAUACCGCUGGACCAUUACCUUUUUCUAACAAGGAUUUCUCGAUUACCUUGAUUGACGAGGAUGAUGGCACUGGAGCUGCUAGGAGAGAGAGGGUGUUCAAAGUUGCUAUCAAAUAUGCUGCUCGAGCGGAUCUCCACCACUUGGGAAUGUUUUUGCAGGGAAAACAGGCAGAUGCACCUCAGGAAGCUCUUCAGGUUCUUGACAUUGUUCUGCGUGAGCUUCCGACUUCUAGGUAUGCUCCUGUUGGUCGUUCUUUCUAUUCCCCCAACUUGGGGAGAAGACAGUCACUUGGUGAAGGUUUGGAAAGUUGGAGAGGUUUUUACCAGAGUAUUCGCCCGACCCAAAUGGGUCUUUCAUUGAAUAUCGAUAUGUCUUCCACGGCUUUCAUUGAACCAUUACCUGUAAUAGAAUUUGUUACCCAGCUCCUGAAUAGGGAUGCACUUGCUCGACCCUUGUCUGAUGCUGAUCGAGUCAAGAUCAAGAAGGCCCUUAGAGGUGUGAAGGUUGAAGUAACUCAUCGAGGAAGUAUGCGCAGAAAGUACCGUAUAUUUGGAUUAACCUCUCAGUCAACUAGAGAGCUGACUUUCCCUGUUGAUGAGAAGGGCACCAUGAAAUCUGUUAUUGAAUAUUUUGGCGAGACUUAUGGGUUUUCUAUUCAGCACACUCAUUGGCCCUGUUUGCAAGUUGGAAAUCAACAAAGGCCAAAUUAUCUUCCCAUGGAGGUUUGUAAAAUUGUGGAGGGUCAGAGGUACUCGAAAAGACUCAAUGAACGCCAGAUAACUGCUCUUUUGAAGGUUACAUGUCAGCGGCCACAGGAAAGGGAGAAAGAUAUUAUGCAGACUGUUCGCCACAAUGCUUAUUAUGAGGACCCGUUCGCUAAGGAAUUUGGAAUAAAAAUCAGUGAUAAGCUUGCUCAAGUUGAAGCUCGCAUUCUUCCUGCCCCAUGGCUGAAGUACAGUGAAAGUGGUAGAGAGAGAGAUUGCUUGCCCCAAGUUGGCCAAUGGAAUAUGAUGAAUAAGAAAAUGGUCAAUGGGGGUAUUGUCAACAACUGGAUGUGCUUCAACUUUUCACGCAAUGUCCAAGACAGUGUGGCUCGCGGUUUUUGUUUUGAGCUUGCACAGAUGUGUCAUAUUUCUGGAAUGACGUUCAACUCUGAGCCAAUUCUCCCUCCUUAUACCGCUCGUCCAGAUCAUGUUGAACGAGCACUUAAGACUAGAUAUUCGGAGGCGAUGACUAAGCUUAAGGGCAAAGAACUCGACUUGCUCAUUGUGAUUUUGCCGGACAACAAUGGCUCACUCUAUGGGGACUUGAAACGUAUCUGUGAGACCGAACUUGGUCUUGUUUCCCAGUGUUGUCUGACGAAGCACGUCUUUAAGAUGAGCAAGCAGUACCUGGCCAAUGUCGCCCUAAAGAUAAAUGUGAAGGUCGGUGGGCGUAAUACUGUUCUGGUUGAUGCGUUGUCAAGGCGCAUACCGCUUGUCAGUGACCGGCCAACCAUUAUCUUUGGUGCUGAUGUGACCCAUCCUCACCCGGGAGAGGAUUCAAGCCCCUCCAUUGCUGCUGUUGUGGCAUCACAAGAUUGGCCAGAGGUAACAAAGUAUGCUGGUUUGGUGUGUGCUCAAGCCCAUCGCCAAGAGUUGAUUCAGGAUCUGUUUAAAGUAUGGCAAGAUCCAGUUCGAGGAACUGUGACGGGAGGCAUGGUUAAGGAACUUCUUAUCUCUUUCCGCAGAGCAACUGGACAGAAGCCUCAGCGUAUUAUAUUUUACAGGGAUGGAGUAAGUGAGGGUCAGUUUUACCAAGUUCUACUCUAUGAGCUUGAUGCUAUUCGCAAGGCUUGUGCUUCUUUGGAGCCAAACUACCAGCCACCUGUUACAUUUGUUGUGGUUCAAAAACGUCAUCACACAAGGUUGUUUGCAAAUAACCAUAACGAUCGUCAAACAAUUGACAGGAGUGGAAACAUUUUACCAGGAACUGUGGUAGAUUCCAAGAUUUGUCAUCCUACUGAGUUUGACUUUUACCUCUGCAGUCAUGCUGGUAUUCAGGGCACAAGUCGUCCAGCUCACUAUCACGUGUUAUGGGAUGAGAACAAGUUUACUGCUGAUGGGCUCCAGUCCCUCACAAAUAAUCUCUGCUACACCUAUGCGAGAUGCACUCGAUCUGUUUCAAUUGUCCCACCGGCCUAUUAUGCCCAUCUUGCUGCUUUCCGUGCUCGUUUUUACAUGGAACCCGAGACAUCUGAUAGUGGAUCCAUGGCAAGUGGUGCUGCUGGUCGUGGUGGUGGAGCUGUUGCCCGUGGUGGUCCUAGGGCUCCUGGUGCGGGUGCAGCUGUUAGACCCCUCCCUGCUUUGAAGGAGAAUGUUAAGAAGGUUAUGUUUUACUGUUGAGAGGGGACAGAGACAUAGUGGAGGGUUUCUUUCGGAGGCAGUUUUAUGAACCUAUUUAGUACACAAACAUAAAUCUUAUCUUUUAAGGGUUGCAGUUCUCUUUACUUUUUUAGUAGUGCUCUUUUGAACACCCAUGGUGUCUCUUUUUCUAUGAAACUAUGUUUCUGUGUCCUUGUGGUGCAGUUGACAAGCUUGUUUAAUGUCAAGUGAGAUACUUAAAGGUUUCUAUAUAAUUCGCAUCUUGGGAAGCUAA